AUGGGUACAUCGACUAGAUUUGAUUGUCAAAGAGAUAAAAAGCAAGAUUUGGUCACAAAAGUAAUGCAACUUGCUUUACCUCUCAAAUCAUAUGUAUUGGAUAAUUAUGAGAUCUAUGCAUGUUCAAAAUACUGUCUAUUACUUGUAUUUCGUGUCAUGCAAUCGGUUGAAAUACGUGAAUACCUCAAACAACUAUUAAAAGACAAGAUCGACGAAUUGAUUCUACUUGGUGCUGAGAAUGAACAUUUAUCAUUAAUUGAAGAGAAUGAAGAAUAUAAAAAGAAAAGAAGAGAAUUUUCAAAACAAAUUGUAGAAUCACAUAUUAAAUUGGUACCUAAAAUCAUGGCAAAGAUAAAGAAACAAUAUAAAGAUACGAAAACAUUGGAUCUAUUGUCACUGAUGACUCUUACAAACAUUACAAUCGAUAGUAAAAGUUUAAAAGAAUAUUUGGAACAAUUGUUAAAUGAUCAAGAUUUUGUUGCACUUUUAUUGACAAUUGUUAGAAAUCAUUUUCAAGAGGUUGAAACUGUUUAUCUUGAAGAAAUAAUAUUAUUACUGUCAUCAAUAAUGAGAGGACCAAAAGAAAAUAUUAAAAAGAUGUUGUCGAUGGGAUAUUAUGAAGCAGUGAUGAAUGUAUUGAAAAAUACAACCAACAAACAUAUUAUUCAUUAUAUUAUUGGCACACUAUCAGAUGUAGUUUUAAAUGACCCAAAAUACAAACAAGAUUUGGUAAACAAACAAGGAAUUGUACAAUUUAUAAGUGACCAAUUAAAGGAAUCUCAAAAACUAUCCUUUUCAAGUCUCCAAUCUACCAUUUUCUUUGUCAUUGCAUUAUGUCGUGAGCGAAUUGCAUGGGAGACAUGUCUCCCACUUGCUAGAAGUGUAGUGUCUCUCUAUGACGUUCCCAAUUCAUUGGUACGAGCAAAAUGCCUCUCUGCGAUAUCAGCCUUUAAAGAUUGCCCAGGAUUCGAUAUGGACGAUCUACUUCAUUUGAAUGGUGUCAAUAUCAUUCGAAAAAUUAUAGAUUCUCUAUCAAGUCAAGAUCAAAGUGAAAUCCUUGGUUCUUUACAUGUUAUAUUAUCUUAUUUAGAUCAUCAUCGUGCAAAUCAACAAAUCUACCCAUUUGUAACAAAAGAAGUAAUUGAUAAAGUAGUUGGAAUUGUUGAAAAAGGUGAUUUUGAUCAAUUAAGAGUAUCAAUUGAUAUAUUUUCAUCGAUGAUUAAAUCAUUGGCCGAUAUAGAUAGUAUUUAUCAAUCUACAUUUUUACAAACCAUGAUCAAUCGUAUAUCGAGGCAAAAGACUAUAUUAUCACAUCAGACCUAUGAUCCAGAAAUGCAAAUGGACUAUGACAAUGAUGCACAAGCCGUCAUAUCUUGUUCUAUUAGUAUUGUGUGUAUGAUGUCAUUUGGAGAACCUCAUCAUAUCGAUCAAAUACUCGAAACUGGCGCAAUCGAAUUGGUCUAUCUAAUGACACGAUUAGUAGGUGAAGGUACACGACUCAUGACCACACGUAAAGACCAACAAAAUAUUUAUAGUCUCCAUAUUGUCGAUGCCGGUGGGUACAGUGCCCUCCAAAUACUAGCCAACAAAGAUAGGAAAUUACUUCUUUUCCGUAACUUUAAUAUUAUCGAAAAAUUAAAUAAUCUUAUUCCUCUUAUUUAUCAAUCCAUUAAUAAAUAA